AUGUCCGAGUUGAGGAGGUACUUGGAUGAGAACCUCGAGAAGGGGUUCAUAAGACCAUCGAAGAGCCUGGCACAAUCACCAGUGCUCUUCGUACCAAAGAAGGAUGGAGGUCUCAGACUCUGUGUGGACUACCGAGGUCUCAAUGAGAUCACUGUCAAGAACAGGGCACCACUGCCCCUCAUCGAGGAGCAGCUGUUCUUACUCAGGAAGGCAAGGAUCUAUACCAAGCUAGACCUUAGAGCAGCAUACAACCUCAUCUGGAUUGCUAAAGGAGAUGAAUGGAAGACAGCUUUUGGCACUCAGUUGGGACUCUAUGAGUACCUAGUGAUGCCUUUUGGCCUAGCCAAUGCUCCAGCUCACUUCCAGUUGUUCAUCAAUGACAUCUUCCAAGACAUCAUCAGAGUAUAUGUGGUAGUAUACCUAGAUGACUUCCUGAUCUUCAGUGACACUGAAGAGGCACAUGUGAAGCAUGUCACUGAGGUCCUCACUCGUUUAAGGAACAACAGGCUCUUUGCUAAGCUGUCGAAGUCCAAGCCCUUGACAUCACUGGUAAAGCCUACAGAACGGUUCAAGAAGUUUGAGCUACCAGAGGAGGCCCAGCAGGCCUUCCACAAGCUCAUCCAGGCAUUCACAUCAGCAGGAGUGCUUCAGCACUUCAACUACCACCUUUCAACAAGGUUGGAGACCAAUGCAAGUGACUUUGCUAUAGCAGGGUAUCGACCAGGAGACAAAGGUGGUGAACCUGAUGCUCUCACCAGAAGGACAGACAUGCAACCAGCUGGUGAAGAGCAGGAUCACAAUGUGAGGCAACUACUGCCUCCUCGAGUGUUCAAGGAGACAGCAGACCAUGACUUGACCCUAGUGGCCCCUAUGCUCUCGAUGGAGUCCAUAGCAUCGAAAGGUCUCAGAGACCUGGUCAAGAUCUUCCAGCCCUUAGACCAAGAGCUACAGGAGAUACAUAGGAAGAAGCCCUUCAAGGUCAAGGACAACCUAUGGUACAGUGGAGGAAGGUUGGUUAUCCCCAAAGUGAUCAUGCCAGGGAGGACCAACAACUGA